AUGGCAAACUCAGGUCUUCAGCUGUUGGGGUUCACCAUGGCCGCUCUAGGGUGGGUGGGAUUGAUAGCCUGCACCGCGAUCCCUCAGUGGCAGAUCAGCUCCUAUGCGGGGGACAACAUCAUUACUGCCCAGGCGAUGUACAAGGGGCUAUGGAUGGAAUGCGUCAGCCAGAGCACGGGCCUCAUCAGCUGCAAGAUGUACGACUCAGUUCUCGCUCUGCCCGCUUCCAUGCAGGCUACCAGGGCCCUAAUGGUGGUAUCCCUGGUUUUGGGCUUUCUGGCCAUGAUGGUGGCUGCCAUGGGCAUGAAGUGUACACGAUGUGGGGGUGAUGACAAGGUGAAGAAGGCUCGAAUUGCCAUGACAGGCGGUAUAGUCUUCAUUGUGGCUGGUCUUGCUGCCCUUGUUGCUUGUUCCUGGUAUGGCCACCAGAUUGUAACAGAUUUUUAUAACCCAUUGGUUCCUAUGAAUACGAAGUAUGAAUUUGGUUCUGCCAUUUUCAUCGGCUGGGCUGGCUCUGCCCUGGUUGUCUUGGGGGGUGCACUCCUCUCUUGCUCUUGCCCAGGUAGUGAGAGCAAAGCAGGGUACCGAGCCCCACGCUCCUACCCCAAGUCUAAUUCUGCUAAGGAAUAUGUCUGA